GGCAGAUCUCGGGAUCCUCAAGGCUUGCCAUAGUUCCAGAAGAGAGAGUAGCAGCUCUUUCUGCAACUGCUACGUAUCACUUCAAAGUAUAAAAAGGCAAUGAAAAUGAAAAGUGUUUACUUUGUUGCUGGGAUCCUUUUAAUGAUAGUUCAAGGCAGCUGGCAAAAUCCUCUUCAGGAUACAGAGGAGAAAUCAAGAUCAUUCAAAGCUUCCCAGUCUGAACCAUUAGAUGAAUCUAGACAGUUGAAUGAAGUGAAACGUCACUCACAAGGUACAUUCACCAGUGAUUACAGCAAGUACUUGGACAGUAGACGAGCUCAGGACUUCGUGCAAUGGUUAAUGAGCACUAAAAGAAAUGGCCAACAAGGACAGGAGGACAAAGAAAAUGACAAACUCCAGGACCAGCUCUCAAGCAAUGCAAUCUCCAAGCGUCAUGCUGAGUUUGAGAGACAUGCUGAAGGCACCUAUACCAGUGAUAUCACCUCUUAUUUGGAAGGUCAAGCUGCCAAAGAGUUCAUUGCUUGGUUAGUGAAUGGACGAGGAAGAAGAGAUUUCCCAGAAAAAGCUCUUGUGGCUGAAGAAAUGGGCCGAAGACAUGCAGAUGGCACUUUCACGAGUGAUAUCAACAAAGUCCUUGAUGACAUGGCUGCCAAAGAGUUUCUAAAAUGGCUGAUUAACACAAAAGUUACCCAAAGGGACCUUUUGGGAGAAUAUCAGUAAAAAUACAGAAUAAAAAUGGGAUACGUGAAGACCUUCAUUGCAUCAACUGCCAGUUAUUAAGAGAUCCUGAAUCCAUAUUCUGUCAUUUACAUUAGAUGUAACAAAUCUAUGUCACCUUGCAUGCCAGGAAAUAAUUGUACUAUAGUUUAAUGUUGCCAAAGGUUUAUAUAUGGAAAACCUAUUGUCUAAGGGAUGGUUAUCUUAACAGCUUUAAGACCAUGAAAGUUCCAUAUCUUCAUAUUUUCCAUUUAUUAGGACUGAAGUAACUCCAUUUAUAUUUAAUGAUAAAAUUAUUUUUCUAAAAAGUUGACUUUACACACAACAGAUUCAAUCACCAAUUAUAUGUGUUAUUUGUAAGGGGCUGGCAGUUAUAAAUGCCUGAGAAGUGAAUAUCCCUCUUAAAACCUUUGUUAUAAAAAGGCUAAGCUUUAAGGAUAUUAAAUGAUAGCCUUAAAUAAAUUUUUUCAAGCUUC